AUGGUUAUCACUCGUAGUCAAAGUUCAGUUGCUACAUCAACAGCAGCAGCUUUAAGAUCUACAUAUAAAAUAAGCAAACAACCAGAAUCAUCAACUCGUAGUCGUCCAGUUAAUAAAACGUCAAAAAGAUCACCAUCACCUUCACCUCCUAAUCCUAUUCAUCAUUCUUGUUCAAAAUUAUCUAAGAAAAUCUUACGUAAUAAUAAUGUUAGUAAUACUAUAUCAUUUACUAAUCAAUCAUUUUCUCCUUCAUUAUUCGAUGAUAAUCAACAAUUAUCAGGACAAUCUCGAAUAACGCAUACUACUUUAGAAAAAACAAAUUCACAGUCAUUGAUAUCGUGUAAUAAUAGACCAUUAUUUUACAUCGACUACAAAAUUCAUCAAGGUUUUACAUUGAAUGAAGAGAUUCUCAUUAAAAAUGCAUUAGAAAUCAUUACUAAUCGAUUAUUCAAACCAGAAAUCUUACAAAACAUGUAUAAUAUUUGUGGUACAUCAGGUGAAUUACUCGGAGCAAGAGUAUGGUCUCGUUCUCAACUAGCAAAUGAUAAAAACUACCAUGGUAUGUAUGAUUUAUUACGUUUUCAACUGAUGUGUCUCAAAAUGAAAAGUGAAUAUGGUCAAUUUCCCACUAUUCAUAUAUAUCCAAUGUAUGAAAAAAAUGAAACACAAGCUGAAGGAACUGUCGGAUGUAUUUCAUGUAUUUCUCAUGGAUCAACAUUUUCAAUCGAAGGAAAUUUUCAAGUUAAAUUAAAUCGAUAUAAUCUCGAUGCAUCGAACAAAAAUAUUGGAAAUUCAGUAUAUUGGGCUGGAACUAUUGUACAUGAAAUGCUUCAUAAUUUAGGUCAUAAACAUAAAAAUAAUGAUUAUAGUAAUCAAUGGCAAAUUAAUAUAUUUGAAAAUUGUUUUAUUUAUAAUGGAAAUUAUUCAUCUUGA